AUGAAAAUCCUGGGAAACGUUCCAGCGCAUGCGUACUUUCUCAUGACAAUUCUGGGGAAGGCUGGCGUGCGCGCGCGCAUGCGUACUUUUCCGUCUUCCUUGGGUGGGCUUGCAAGUCUUAUGUCUCCAAAACCGGAAGAGGUCCCUGAGCUAGGGUGAUGCUACUUGUGUCUGUUGUGCUGCCCACAGCCCCGCGUGAUCAGAUGAGGAACGUGAAACUCAAAAGAAAUGAAGCAUCUUGCCCAAGGUCAAGCAACUACUGAGUGUCAGCAUCAGUAUUCAAACCCAGUGCUCACCUGCUUUAAGCCCAACACUGCCUCCACCUUAGAAGAGAGAAAAUGAAAACGACUGAGGAUAUUUUCUUCUGCUUGACUUUGUAAACUGCUUUGGGAGAGAUGGCUUGGAGUGACAGAGUUUAUUGGCUCAGGGCUAGAAGUGACUGGCAAAGGUGACUGGGCCUUUACUGGUGUUUUUGCUUCAGAGAUCUGAGGAUUCAAACAUUGUGAAACUCAAGUCUUUUAAAAAUACGUUAAUUCUUACAUUCACCCAGGCUGCCAUCUCACCAACAUGGCUAGCUUCUCAAUGCAUUCAGAGACAUACCAUCCUUAACAUUCAGAGCAAAUAGACAUUUUGCUUAUUUUGAAAAUAUGACAUUCAUUUGGUCUUUAGUGCUAAUGUUAAAUGCUACAGUAAAUAUGACAUGUUUUUAAUGGAAGCUUUAAAAAAAGUUUCAGCUCACCAUUCAAUGAAUUUGUGGAGUAACUUCUGGUUCCUUGAUUCAGGGCCCUGUUCCCCAUCCUCUGCUUUUUUCGUGUGCUUGUCAUUGGGCUCAUUUGUAGUCUUUCUGCUCUACAGUGAGAGGAUGAGGACUAAGGGUCUUUAUGUUUCUCACUGCCUGCAUUUGUUUGUGAAUGUCUGUAUUCCCAUAUGUAUCUGAGCCAAUUCUAAGUGCUCAUUUUACCACGUACUCAAGAAGUCUCCCUGAUGUUCAGUUUGUGGGCCAUUUGUCCAAGAACUCACCACGGUUUUUUCAAGGUCCAUGGUUCAGCUAUGUGAUUGAGGCUGCUGGGGUCCAUCCUCUUAAUUCUGAUCUUUUUUUGCCCACAACUCCCCUUAGUAAUGUACAAGUGCCCAUUUUGGGUCUGAAAAGAUUAGCUCCCUUUUGGGAUAGUUUUGAGCAUCUCAGUGAAGGUCUUGGCUGGAGAGAUGAUGCCUCUGAAGGAAGUGAUGGUUGUGUAUCCAGACCCCCAGAUUCCCACUACACAUAAUCAAGAUAGCAUCCUGGGAAUGGAUGUCCCUUGGGUUCAGGAAAUCAUCCGAGGAGAACAGAAGUCUGACCUUGAGACGUCUCGACAGCGCUUCAGAUUUUUUCGCUACCCAGAAGGGGCUGGGCCCCUUGAGGCCCUGAGCCAACUUCAGGCACUUUGUCUUCAAUGGCUGAGGCCAGAAAUUCACACAAAGGAGCAAAUCCUGGAGCUGCUGGUGCUGGAACAAUUCCUGGCCAUCCUGCCUGGAGAAAUGAGGACUUGGGUGAAAUCACAAAAUCCAAAGACAAGCGAGGAGGUGGUGGCCGUGGUAGAAGAUAUGGCCCGAAUGCUAGAGGAAGGAGCUCUGCCUUCUGAGGACUCUGCACUCACCCAAGAGGGGAACACUGAGGAGGGACAUGGUUCUGUGUUCUUGACAAGCAGAGCCCAGGACGCACUGACAUUCCAGGAUGUGGCUGUGGACUUUACCUGGGAAGAAUGGGGGCAGCUGGACCCUGCUCAGCAGAAUCUGUACAGGGAUGUGAUGUUGGAGAACUAUCAGAACCUUAUCUCUCUGGGAUUUCCAGUUUCCAAACCAGAGGUGAUCUCCCAACUGGAACAAGGGGAAGUCCCAUGGGCUCUGAAGAGAGCAGUUGCCGAAGGUUCCUGUCCAGAUUGGGAAGCUAGACACGAGACCAAGGAAUCAAAUUCAAAGCAAGAUAUAUCUGGUGAAAAAUCAUCCCGCGAAAGACUAACAAAGGAUGGUCCUGAGUUGUUGGUCAAGGAUUGGGACUAUGGUGGCAGAUUUGAGACAAAACAGCAGGGGAACUUCAGGAGAGAUUCAAAGCAAGUACUAAUCACCCACAAGAAAACCCCCAAUAGAGUGAAAAAAAUUACACUGCAGAGAAAUUCCAGUCCAGGGUCAAUCCUUGUGACACAACAAACUGGGCCUGUGGGAAAGAGUUUCCAUCAACGUGGCGCACGUGAAAAGACCCUCCAAAAGCUAUCCGACCUAAUUAAGCGUAAUAGAAUUGCUUCAGGGAAGGAACCUUGUAAAUAUAGCAAAUGCACUAGAGGCUUUAGCUACCAAUCGGAUAUUGUUCAGUAUCCUGAAGUACCCAUGGAAGAGAAAUCAUACACAUGUAAUGAAUAUGAGGAAGACUUUAGCCAAAAGGAAUACCUGAAUCAACCACAGAAAAGUCCUGUUGGAGAGAAGACUUAUAAUUACGAUGAAUGUAGGAAUAUCUUCAGCCAAAUGGAGUACCUUGCUAACCAGGAGACAGCUGAUACCGGAGAGAAGCCCUACAAAUACAGUGACUGUGGGAAAACCUUCUCUGAUGGCUCAUCUCUUGCUAACCCUCAGAGGAUUCAUAAAGGAGAGAAAUCCUGUAAAUGUGAUGAGUGUGUGAAAGCUUUCUGUAACAAGUUAUCUCUUACUCAACAUCAGAGAAUUCAUACUAGGAAAAAACCCUAUAUAUGUAAUUCAUGUGGAAAAACAUUCCAGCAGAGCACAAAUCUUGUUCACCAUCACAGCAUUCAUUUGGGAGACAACCCCUGUAAGCAUGAUGAAUGUGGACAGGCCUUUGGUGAAAAUUCAUCCUUCUCUGAACAUGAAAGAGAUACAGGAGAGAGAGGUCACAGUCAUAAUGAACAUGGGAAAUCCUUCAGCCAGAGGGGGCAUCUUAGUAAACAGAGAAUUAACACUGGAAGAAGCCCAUGCAGAUGUAAUGUAUGUGGAAAAGCCUUGAGCACCAGUUCCUCCUCUAUCCAGCAUCAGGCCUCCCGUGUUGGAACUAAUCCUAAAUGUGAUACAGGUGGAAAUGCUUUUGGACAGAGCCUUAUGAAGCACCAGAAACGUGUCAUAGGAGAGAAGCCUUAUCAUUGUGAUAAAUGUGGGAAAACAUUUAGCCAAGGUAGGUGCCUUAUUCAACAUCAGAGAAUUCAUACUGGAGAAAAACCUUAUGUAUGUAAUAUGUGUGAGAGGGCCUUUACCCAAAGGGGAAACCUUAUUAAACACAGGAGAAUUCACACUGGAGAGAAGCCCUAUAAAUGUAGUGAAUGUGGACAAGCCUUCAGCCAGAGCUCAUCCCUUAUUGAACAUCAGAGGAUUCAUACUGGUGAGAAACCCUAUCUUUGUAAUGUGUGUGGAAGAGCUUUUGGUCAGGGUAGGAGCCUUACUCAACAUCAAAGAAUUCAUACUGGAGAGAAACCCUAUAAAUGUAUUAAGUGUGGUAGAGCCUUUAGUCAGGGUCGAAACCUUACCAGACAUUGGAGAAUUCAUACUGGAGAGAAACCCUUUAAGUGUAAUGAAUGUGGGAAAGCCUUCAAUCAGAGGGAUGAUAGCUGGUCGCUUGCUCUACAUCAGAGAAUCCACACUGGAGAGAAGCCUUAUAAUUGUAGUGAAUGCGGAAAAGCUUUCAGACAAAAAAUUCACCUUACUCGACAUAAGACACUUCAUAUUGGGGAGAAACCCUUUAAAUGUAAUCAGUGUGGGAAGUGUUUCAGUGACAGCUCGCCCCUUCUUCUACACCAGAGAAUUCACACUGCAGAGAAACCUUAUAAAUGUGGUGAAUGUGGAAAAGCCUUCAGACAGAGUAUGUAUCUUAUUCGACAUCAGAGAACUCACACUGGGGAGAAACCCUUCAUUUGUGGGGACUGUGGAAAAUCUUUCAAUGACAGCUCAGCCCUUACUUUACAUCAGAGAAUUCAUACUGGAGAGAAACCCUAUGAAUGCAAAGAAUGUGGGCAAGCCUUCAGUCACAGUGGCAGCCUUACUCAGCACCAGAGGAUUCAUACCGGAGAAAAGCCUUAUCCAUGUAGUGAAUGUGGUAAGGCUUUUAGGCAGUAUUCGGCCCUCGCUCACCACGAGCGAACUCACACUGGAGAGAAACCAUAUAUUUGCACGGAAUGUGGAAAAGCUUUUAGUCACAGUGGAACCCUUACUCAGCACCAGAGGAUUCAUACUGGAGAGAAGCCCUAUGAAUGCAGUGAUUGUGGUCAAGCCUUCACUUACCAGGCCAGUCUGACGAAGCAUCAAAGAAGUCAUACAGGAGAGAGACCUUACAAAUGCAGUGAAUGUGGGAAAUCCUUCAACCAGAAUAUUUAUCUUACUCAGCACCAGAGGAUUCAUACUGGAGAGAAACCCUAUAAAUGUGCUGAUUGUGGAAAAUCGUUUAGUCAUAGGGGAAGCCUUACUGCACAUCAGAAAAUUCACACUGGAGAGAAAUCCUGUAAAUGUCCUGUUUGUGGGAAGGCUUUCCGCCACAUGAACCAGGUUACUCAGCACCUCAGAAUUCAUACCGGAGAAAAACCCUAUACAUGUAUGGAAUGUGGGAAAUCCUUUAGUCAUAGUGGAAGCCUUACAACGCAUCUGAGAAUUCAUACUGGAGAGAAACCGUAUAAAUGUGGUGAAUGUGGAAAAGCCUUCAACCAGAAUAUUUACCUUACUCAGCAUCAGAGAAUUCAUACUGGUGAAAAACCUUAUACAUGUAAUAAAUGUGGUAAGAACUUCAGGCAAUACUCAGCCCUUAGUCACCAUGAGAGAACUCAUACUGGAGAGAAACCCUAUAUGUGUAUGGAAUGUGGGAAAGCUUUCAGUCAGAAGGGAACUCUUACCAAUCAUCAGAAAAUUCAUACUGGAGAGAAACCUUUUAUAUGUAGUGAAUGUGGAAAAGCCUUCAACCAAAAUAUUUACCUUACAAAGCAUCAGAGAAUUCAUACCAGAGAGAAACCAUAUAAAUGUAAUGAGUGUGGGAAAGCCUUCAAGCAGGUCUCAGCCUUAAAGCACCAUAAGAGAAUCCACAAUAGAGGGAAAACCUUGUAAUUGCAGUUCAUGCGAGUAAGCCUUCAGUUGGCAGCGAUGCCUUGGUCAGCAAUAUCAGAGAAGUAAUGCUGGAAGGUAAACGUAGCCAGGAUACCAAAACUCACUGUGUGGAUCGGUAGGCCGGUUUCUUUGGAAUCUCAUUUGGGAGGCCCUGUGCUAUGUCAGGCCUUGCUGUCAUUAGCACAUCCUACAAACAGGAAUGUCUGGAGGACCUCGCCAUCUAUUGGGAAUCCCUCUUGUGCUUGGACUCUGAGGUGGACAUCACGGUCAGCAAGCAUUUGUUAUGUGCCUGCUCUGUGCCAGGCACUGUGGUACGUGCUUGAGAUACAGAGACAGACAUGAAAUAGCCCCUGCCCUCAAGGAGCUUAAAUUCUGCUGGGGAGACAAGGGCAUACAGAUGCAUGCAUGUGGUAUAAUAUACAGAUGCAAAAGGCAGUGUUUGGGGUGGGAGUGGGAGAAGGUGGGGGCAGGGGAAAGGGGAUCAAGAAAUCCCUCCUGUAGAAGGUGGCAUUGGAGCCGAGAGUUAAAGAAAACCAGGGAUUCCAGGAGACUGAGGUGGCCAGUGCCUUGUCUGGCAGUUAUUGAAUGAGUUCCUUUUUGUUGUGUCUCCCAAGCAUCCUCAUGCUGUUGAUGUACACAUGGGAGACCCCUGGAUAGCAAACAGUUAAGCACAGGGAGAUCUUAAUGUUCUCUGCACCUUUCGGUCAGUUGUGUGAUUGUAAAGCUCUAGUCUGCUCUAGAAUAGAAGUUUCUAAAACCUGCUUAUUCCUUUCUCCUACUUUGAGCAAGAAUGUUCCUGAUUCUGUCUAGAUUAUUCUCAAUAAAGAUUUUGAAGAGCUGGAAAUGGUAGGCAUAUAGGUUGGUAGUUAUCCUCAGUUUGACUCCUGUCUCAGCAACAGAGACUUUCAUGCCAAAGGGGAAAAUGGUAUUAUUACUGUGAAUGUGGGAAAGCCUUUAGUCAACUCAGAAGUUUUUAUCAGGGGAAGGAGCCCAUAAAUAUAACUUGAAAUGUAGUGUUUGUGGAAUGGCCUUUUACCACGUGAACCAGGUUACUCAGCAUCUGAGAAUCCAUCCUGGAGAGAAACCCUAUACAUGUAUAUCACACAGAAAAAUCUGUUAGUCCCAGUGGAAGCCUUAUUACACAUCAGAGGAUCUGUACCGGAGAGAAAUCUUAUAAAUGUUUCUCCCAGUGAGCAUGAGCAGGUCUUUUGUGGUUUGCUCUUCUGCUCACAUUCCACAAAAGGGUUAUUUGGCGAUGUAAAUGUAAGUCAGAUCUGUAGUUAACAAAAUGGUCCAGUUAUUUUGCUACAUGGGGUGGAGAAAUAGAAAAUUUCUCCAUUUGCUUUUCUCUGGUAAUACACUAUUGCCAUCAAAAGAGCGUAGGUUCAUAAAAGGCCCAUCAGCAAGUACACAGGUGUUUAGCUAAAACAGUGUCUUCAAAAUGAGAGUAUUUCUUGAAGCAAAAAAGGGAACCCAUUCAUCAAAACUAACAUGUCACUUUCCAAAACAUUCAGUGGCUAGAUAAUCUUUUUUUGUGAGGGAAUAAGUGGAACAUGUAGAUGAGCUAGCUGGUGACUUAUGAUAUCAAAGGGUUUAAAGGAAACUUAGAGAGUAGAAGAUGCCAAGAGCCAGAAAACAGUUGGGAAGUGGAGUGUGGGUUAGUGGCCUCUUGGGCGUGGCCAGCCCGGAUAUGAAGACAGGCGUUCAUAGAAGAGAAAAGUGAUAGCUCUGGUUUGUCCUUAGGAUCGUCUGGUCUCAGUGUUUGAAAGUCGUUUAAGACAGGUGCCAAAAAGAAACUUCUGGCCGGACUGGAAGAAGAUACAAAACAAAAUUAUUUUCUUUGCUUGUUUUUAUAUGUUCAUUUGUUUCUACUGAUGUUUUGUAUGUUUGUUUGACUGUUUUUGUCUAUGAUUAUUGGAUUUAAUAAAAAAGAAUUGAGAUGAA